UCGCCAAGAAAUGACUUUAUAUUUCACAUUUCUUCUGCCGCUGCUGCUGAUCAGCUUUGCGAACGGUCAACAGUAUGGUUAUCAGCCACAACGUGUCGGAUACAACAGAAAUCCGAGUCAGAAUCGAGUGGAGAAAUUUCCCUGGGUGGUUGCGGUGCUGGACAAGAGGGAUUUGCUAACCCGCUACAUAGGAUCGGGAUCUCUGAUUAAACCCAAUGUGGUCCUCACCGCCGUUCAUAUUCUGAAUGAUAUAUCCGAAUCUGAUCUGCUGGUGCGUGCUGGCGAAUGGAAUACUUCGACAACGGAGGAUCAGCAGCAUGCGGAUCUCGAGGUCUUGAAAAUCGUUCGCCACGAACAGUUCAACAGGCACAACGCCGAAAACAAUGUGGCCUUAAUCAUUCUGAAAACAGAGUUUAGGAUCACAGAUAACAUCGGUAUAAUUGGUUUGUACAUGGGAGGAGGUAACCGACUAAAAUCCUGCUUCUUCAACGGCUGGGGCAAAGAGAAAUGGAACUCGGAGGAUUAUCCCACCACUCUUAAGAAGACCGAAAUAGAUAUUGUAUAUAAUGAUAUCUGUGCACAACGAUUAGGACGGAAGCUAUCAGACCGACAAUUUUGUGGCGAUGGCUUGCAGGGAAAAGAUUGCACUGGCGAUGGUGGUGCUCCUGUGGUUUGCACAGUAGAGGCAAAUCAACCGGUCUUCAAGCAGGUGGGCAUCGUCAACUGGGGAGUUCGUAAGCCCGGCGAUACCACGCCCACCAUUUUCACAGAUGUGACCACUCUGUUAGGUUGGAUUGAUUACCAAUUGAGAUUACCAGCGAAUUUUAUUCCCAAAUAUUAAAUAAGUAGAAUGGCCUUAUGCUUAUAC